AUGCAAUUUAACAUCUGGUAUUGUUUUCGUUGCUCUGGAAGCAAUUGCUGUGCACAGUUCCAUAUUUCUUGUGGAAUAUUUGCUGGAUAUAAUUAUCAAAUUCAACAAAAGAGGAAGCAUAUUGCUUUAAUGUAUUGCAAUAAUCAUUCAUAUAUUCCAGAUCAAAACAAGAUAGUUCAUAUAAAUCAAAAAGUAUGGGCAAGACACUUGCAACAUAAAAGGAUCUCUGAAUGUCGAAUAAUAAAAAUUGAUAAAACUCCUUUAGGUAUUGUGAAAUUCAGUGAUAAUACAAUAUCAGACAGUAUUACACUAAAUGAAAUUAAGAACUAUGCAGAUAAUUUUCCACCCAUUGACAAAAUGAUACAUUUAAAAUCUGGUGACAAAGGUUUAUUUCUGGCGUUAAAUUAUAAGCACAUAUAUACGGUUGAAUAUAAGGAUGGUACAUCUGGUUGUCUAUUCCCUGAUGAUAUAUGCAGUUUGGAUGAACAAUUUAAUAGCAGUCUACAACGGCAUGCUAAAUGACCAUCUGGGUUAACUAAACAUAAAAAAGAAAAGAAAAUAAUUGAUGUUUUAUAAGUAUGUUUACUUACUUAACUAACUAUUUCAUUU